AUGCUUCACUUGAGGGUAUCGGCUGUGCCGUUCAUGUUCUUGGUCACUCUAUCGGAGGAUGGCUCAUUGGGAGGGACUUUCGGUGGCAAGUUCGACGCUGUGUGCAGAAUGAUGAACACAACUUAUAAGGCGAGUCUCCCUUCGGACCAUUCUUGGGGUUCGUGCAAUCAAACGAAAUGCUCGGGGAUGUUUGCUGCAGUGCUGCAGAAUGAGACUGAGGUCGCUCUCGGACCGCAUUCCUUGCUCGAAACAUAUGCCCAGCACUUCGAACCUGGGAGCCCGCUCGACUUCCGGGCAUUCAACAUCAUAACAGGCAUGCACACUCCCUACGCGGUCGACUCAAGCGCAGUGUUGAGACUGCUGGACACUGGAAUGUACAUCUGCCUAUUCGUCUCGCCAUGGAUGAUUGCCGUUUCCGUGGUUGUCACUGUGUGGCUCCAGCAGCGGACGACGGAUGAAUCGUCGCAUAAGCCGAUUCCUCUAGACUUCGGCGUCCUCGUAAUAUCUGGUUACCAGACAAUAUUGAGUCAAAGUGGCCAGUACCACAAUCGGAGCGCUACGAGCCGCCUAAUUGUUAUCGCAUUCAUUUUGGUGUGUCUGUUCGUGAGUAUCCUGUUCUCAUCGUUCAUCAAAGCUUCCAUGAUGAACAAGCCGCCAACAAAACGGAUACUCCACCUCAGGGAUCUGGUCAAGGAGAGAGAUUUGAGACCGAUCAUUGUGAAAAACACGUACUUGACUGACCUUAUAGAGCUCCAGGCAGAGGUCAGCAGCGACUACCGGGCGCUCAAUAGAAUAUUCGAGGAGAAAGGAUUAUUGAAUCGACCGAGCGACAUGCUCUCUUCGGAGAGUACAGGGGCGGUUUUGAACGGGAGCGCGUUCGCAUUCGCUCCUUGUGAAAUGUUCCGCUUCUAUUACUACCGCGGCUGGCAAGCCUUGAAGGAAGCCGACCGGGGAUACUAUCACUGCUCGAAGGAUGUCGUUAUCGCAGUGCAUGUGACAUGGUACUUCAGUCGAGUCUCGGUUUCUAAUGACUUCAUCAAGGAGUUCAACCGGAAAUCGCGAUGGCUCGUCGAAUCACCGCAGAAGUACGUCGACGAGUACCGUUUCCCUCAGAUACCUAUUUGGUACAGAGUGUACGAAACGCCUCUGACAGAAGAAAAAGCGGAUCCGAUCGCUCUACACGAUAUGCUCGGCUCUGUUCUCAUCUAUCUGAGCGGCCUAGCCUUGGCCUGCGUUUCUCUCCUUCUGGAGCUGACAGGAAAACAACUCGAAAUCGCACUGAAGAUCAUCCACAAAGGGGAUGAUCCGUUGUCGAGGCUUCGAGACUCCUUCCGGUGCGGUUUUCUCCGAACGGGAUAA